ACACAAAGAGAGCAACCCUAGCCAGCCCAUUCCAAACUCCAAAGCACGCUCCUCCUCCGCUGCCGCCGCCGCCUUUGGACUCGGACUCCGGCCGCCGCCGCAUCCCAAUGGAGCCUUCCCCGCCUCCCGUGGACACUCCCCCGGCCACCGCCGCCGCCGCGGAGGGCCUCGCGGGGGCCGUGGCGGGGAUGAGCCUGGACGAGCGGUUCGACCUGCUGAUGGGCAUCGCCGAGGAGUGCAUCAUGCCCGACGAGCUCAAGCGCCUGCUGCAGAACAAGCCCGUCCCCGUCUGCUACGACGGGUUCGAGCCCUCCGGCCGCAUGCACAUCGCUCAGGGUGUUGUCAAGACAAUUAACGUUAACAAGAUGAUCAAAGCGGGAUGCAAAGUGAAAAUCUGGAUAGCAGACUGGUUCGCACAGCUAAACAACAAAAUGGGGGGCGACCUGAAAAAAAUCCAGACUGUUGGGCGCUAUAUGAUUGAAAUAUGGAAAGCAGCUGGUAUGAACCUUGAUGGCGUGGAAUUCCUGUGGUCCUCGGAAGAAAUCAAUAAGCGUGCAAAUGAAUACUGGCCGCUUGUAAUGGACAUUGGCAGGAAAAAUAAUAUCAAAAGAAUAACGAGGUGUUGUACAAUUAUGGGUCGCAGUGACAAUGAGGAAUUGACUGCUGCACAGAUCUUCUAUCCUUGUAUGCAAUGUGCUGAUAUAUUCUUCCUGAAGGCAGACAUAUGCCAGUUGGGCAUGGACCAAAGGAAGGUUAACAUGCUAGCAAGGGAAUAUUGCGAUGACAUCAAAAGGAAGAAUAAACCUAUUAUUCUGUCACAUCAUAUGCUCCCAGGUUUCAAAGAAGGCCAGGAGAAGAUGUCAAAGAGUGAUCCAACAUCAGCCAUCUUUAUGGAAGAUGAUGAGGCUCAGGUAAAUUUGAAGAUAAAACAAGCUUUCUGCCCUCCUAACAUUGUUGAGGGAAAUCCGUGCUUGGAGUACAUCAAGUACAUUGUUUUCCCUUGGUUUGACAAGUUUGAGGUGGUUCGGAAAGAAAAUAAUGGUGGCAACAAAACAUUUGCAAACAUGGAUGAGCUCACCGCGGAUUAUGUGAGUGGUGCUUUGCAUCCUGCUGACGUUAAACCUGCUUUGGCAAAAGCGAUAAAUGAAAUAUUGAAGCCUGUUCGUGACCACUUCAACACCAACAGUGAAGCCAAAGUUCUCCUUAACACUGUUAAGAAGUACAGGGUAACCAACUGAGGAGCAAAACCUUGAUUGAUAACUACAUGGACCACCCAACCAACACUAGAAGCAGAUAAUCGCGGGAACAAUCUUCAAUGGCACAAUUUUGUCCAUGCUACUAAGUUACUUUACCAUUGCUAUGCAUCAGAAAAACUCGGUGUACAAUCUCUUGGUUUUAUAUGAAGUCGCUCUCCUUUGGAAAUCUGUGUUCGCUGACAUCAAGCCAAAUCUUUAAACUCGAGGUUAAACUA